AUGCAUCAUUUAAUGCAAACGGCGUGUUUCCUGGAUGACACACGAUUCGGUGUUUGUUUUGUCAAACGGCUGAUUAAACAGAACUUCUUUCCGGUUUGUGUUUCUGCAGAUGAACGGGACCGAGUUCAGAAGAAGACUUUCACUAAAUGGGUCAACAAGCACCUGAUGAAGACCCAGCGGCACAUCACCGACCUGUACGAGGACCUCAAGAAAUCGCAUCUUUUUAGUAACUUGCUGCUGCUUUUGUCGCCUGAAAUCAUCCCGCGGGAAAAAGGCCGGAUGCGCUUCCACAAGCUGCAGAACGUGCAGAUCGCCCUGGACUUCCUCAAGCACAGACAGGUCAAACUGGUCAACAUCAGGAACGAUGACAUUGCGGAUGGAAACCCGAAGCUGACCCUGGGACUGAUAUGGACCAUCAUCCUUCACUUCCAGAUCUCCGACAUCCAGGUCAACGGCCAGUCGGACGACAUGACGGCCAAAGAGAAGCUGCUGCUGUGGUCCCAGCGGAUGGUGGAGGGCUACCAGGGUCUGCGCUGCGACAACUUCACGUCCAGCUGGAGGGACGGGAAGCUCUUCAACGCCAUCAUCCACAAACACCGGCCCACGCUGAUCGACAUGAGCCAGGUGUACCGGCAGAGCAACCAGGAGAACCUGGAGCAGGCGUUCAGCGUCGCCGACCGGGAGCUGGGCGUCACCUGCCUGCUGGACCCCGAAGACGUGGACGUUGCCCACCCAGAUGAGAAAUCCAUCAUCACGUACGUCUCCUCGCUGUACGACGCCAUGCCCCGAGUACCGGACGUCCAGGACGGCGUCAGAGCCAACGAGCUGGAGCUGCGCUGGCAGGAGUACUACGAGCUGGUCACCAUGCUGCUGCAGUGGAUCCGACACCACAUCCUGGUGUUCGAGGAGAAGAAGUUCCCCACAAGCUACGAGGAGAUCGAGGUUCUCUGGCGUCAGUUUCUGAAGUUCAAGGAAACGGAGCUUCCUGCUAAAGAGGCCGACAAGAACCGAUCCAAACACAUCUUCAAGUCUUUUGAGGGCGCCGUCCAGGCCGGUCAGGUCAAGGUGCCGCCCGGCUACCACCCGUUCGACGUGGAGAAGGAGUGGGGUCGUCUGCACGUCGCCAUCCUGGAGCGAGAGCGUCUCCUCAGGACCGAGUUCGAGAGGCUGGAGCGGCUGCAAAGGAUCGUCAGCAAGGUCCAGAUGGAGUCGGGGGUUUGUGAGGAGCAGCUCAACCAGGUGGAGACUCUGCUGCAGACGGACGUGAGGAUGAUGAGUUCGGGGAAACCUCCUCAGCACACCGGCGAGGUGGAGGCCGAUCUGGAGAAAGCAGAAGGAAUGAUCCGCUUCCUCUUCAACGACGUCCAGCUGCUCAAAGACGGACGCCACCUACAGGCCGAGCAGAUGUAUCGCAGAGUUUAUCGCCUCCACGAGAGGCUGGUGAACCUCCGCAGCGAGUACAACCUCCGCCUCAAGUCGGGCGUGACCACCCAGCAGAUCCCCAUGACGCAGGUCCACAUGACUCAGGUGCACAGCGCCCAGGUGCUGCAGCAGGCGCCGCUCCGGGUCCGGCCCGAGCUGGACGAGGUCACCAUGCGCUACAUCCAGGACCUGCUGGGCUGGGUGGAGGAGAACCAGCGGCGGGUGGACGACGGCGAGUGGGGCUCCGACCUGCCCACCGUGGAGUCGCAGCUGGGCAGCCACCGAGGCCUGCACCAGUCCGUGGAGGAGUUCCGCUCCAAGAUCGAGAGGGCCAAAGCCGACGAGAGCCAGAUCUCACCUGCAAGUAAAGCCGCCUACCGCGACUAUCUGGGAAAACUGGAGCUGCAGUACGGCAAACUGCUGAACGCCUCCAAGGCUCGCCUCCGUUACCUGGACCAGCUUCACGCCUUCGUCACUUCGGCGACCAAAGAGCUGAUGUGGCUGAACGAGAAGGAGGAGGAGGAGGUCAACUACGACUGGAGCGACCGGAACACCAACAUGGCCGCCAAGAAAGAAAACUACUCGGGUUUGAUGAGAGAGUUGGAGCUCAGGGAAAAGAAGAUGAACGGCGUCCAGGCCACAGGAGACAAGCUGCUGAGGGACGGACACCCUGCCAGGAAGACCGUGGAGGCGUUCACUGCAGCCCUGCAGACCCAGUGGAGCUGGAUCCUCCAGCUGUGCUGCUGCAUCGAGACCCACCUGAAAGAAAACACCGCCUACUUCCAGUUUUUCUCUGAUGUUAAAGAGGCGGAGGACAGAAUUAAAAAGAUGCAGGACACGAUGAAGAGGAAGUACACGUGCGACCGCUCGAUCACGGUCACCCGGCUGGAGGAUCUGCUGCAGGACGCUGCGGACGAGAAAGAGCAGCUGAAUGAGUUUAAAACUCACCUGGAAGGCCUGAAGAGAAGAGCCAAGACCGUCAUCCAGCUGAAACCGCGAAACCCUGCAACCCCAAUAAAAGGAAAACAGCCGAUUCAGGCGGUUUGUGACUUCAAGCAGAUGGAGAUCACCGUCCACAGAGGAGACGAAUGCGCUCUGCUGAACAACUCUCAGCCCCACAAGUGGAGGGUUCUGAACGACAAAGGCAGCGAGGCGUCCGUUCCAUCCAUCUGCUUCCUGGUUCCUCCGACCAAUAAGGACGCAGUGAACAGCGUCGCCGGGCUGGACGGAAACCUCCAGCGGCUGCAGACCAUGUGGCAGACCAUGUUUGUGGACAUGAAGAGCCUGUUGUCAUGGCAAUACCUGAUGAGAGACAUCCACAUGAUCAACACCUGGAACAUCACCAUGUUCAAGACGCUGAGGGUGGAGGAGUACCGGCUGGCGCUGAGGAACCUGGAGCAGCACUACCAGGACUUCCUGAGGGACAGUCAGGACUCCCAGAUGUUUGGAGCCGAGGACCGAAUGCAGGUGGAGUCCAACUACAACCGAGCCAACCAGCACUACAACACCAUGGUCACGUCUGCAGAGCAAGGUGAGCAGGACGAGUCCGUCUGUAAGACCUACCUGACGAAGAUCAAGGACCUUCGCCUGAGGCUGGAGGGCUGCGAGAAUCGAACGGUGACGCGUCUCCGGCAGCCGGUGGACAAGGAGCCGCUGAGAGCCUGCGCCGCCAAGACGGCCGAGCAAAUGAAAGUCCAGUCGGAGCUGGAGGGCUUGAGGAAGGACCUGAGCUCGGUGGCCGAGAAGACGGAGGAGGUUCUGGCGUCGCCUCAGCAGCUGAGCUCGGCGCCGAUGCUGCGCUCCGAACUCGACCUGACCCUGAAGAAGAUGGACCACGUCUACGGCCUCUCCUCCGUCUACCUGGACAAGCUGAAGACGAUUGACGUCGUGAUCAGAAACACUAAAGACGCAGAAGACACCCUGAAGAGCUACGAGACUCGUCUGAGAGACGUCAGCAAGGUGCCGGCCGACGAGAAGGAGGUGGAGGAUCAGCGCAGCCAGCUGAAGUCGAUGCAGGCCGAGGCCGAGGCCGACCAGGCCGUGUUCGACCGGCUGCAGGACGAGCUGAAGGCGGCGUCGGCCGUCAACGACAAGAUGACGAGGAUCCACAGCGAGCGCGACGCCGAGCUGGAGCACUACCGGCAGCUGGUGGGCGGCCUGCUGGAGCGCUGGCAGGCCGUGUUCGCCCAGAUGGACCUCCGGCAGCGAGAGCUCGACCUGCUCGGGCGCAACAUGAACUCCUACCGCGGAAACUACGAGUGGCUCAUCCAGUGGCUCGGAGAGGCGAGGAAGAGGCAGGAGAAGAUCCAGGCGGUGCCCAUCGGAGGCAGCAAGGCCCUCAAGGAGCAGCUGGCAGAGGAGAAGAAACUUCUGGAGGAGAUCGAGAAAAACAAGGACAAGAUUGAAAACUGCCAGAAAAAUGCGAAGGCUUACAUCGAUUCAGUCAAGGAUUACGAGCUCCAGAUCUUGACGUACAAAGCUCUGCAGGAUCCGAUAACGUCUCCUCUUAAGAAACCCAAAAUGGAAUGUGCAUCUGAUAAUAUCAUUCAAGAGUACGUGACGCUGAGAACCCGCUACAGCGAGCUGAUGACUCUCACCAGCCAGUACAUCAAGUUCAUCACGGACACGCAGCGCCGCCUGGAGGACGAGGAGAAGGCCUCUGAAAAGCUAAAAGAAGAGGAGAGGAAAAAGAUGGCCGACAUACAGGCUGAGUUAGACAAGCAGAGACAGCUGGCCGAGGCUCAAGCGAAAUCUGUGGCCAAAGCCACGCAAGAGGCCGAGGAGCUGAAAUCGAAGAUGAAAGAGGAGGCCAACAAGAGGCAGGACGUCGCUGUGGACGCCGAGAAACAGAAGCAAAACAUCCAGCAGGAGCUGCAUCACCUGAAGAGUCUGUCGGAGCAGGAGAUCAAGUCCAAGAACCUGCAGCUGGAGGAGGCGCAGCUCAGUCGCACCAAGAUCGAGGAGGAGAUCCACCUCAUCCGAGUUCAGCUGCAGACGACCAUAAAUCAGAAGAGCACAGCCGAGGCCGAGCUGAAGACGCUCAGAGACAAAGCCGCCGAUGCCGAGAAGCUCCGGAAGGCCGCUCAGGACGAGGCGGAGAGGCUUCGCAAGCAGGUGACCGAGGAGACGCAGAAGAAGAAAAACGCUGAGGACGAGCUGAAGCGCAAAUCCGAAGCGGAAAAAGAGGCGGCCAAGCAGAAGCAGAAAGCGCUGGACGACCUGCAGAAGUUCAAAAUGCAAGCCGAGGAGGCGGAGAGGCGCAUGAAGCAGGCCGAGGAGGAAAAGCUGAGGCAGAUCAAGGUGGUGGAGGAGGUGGCUCAGAAGACCGCCGCCACAGAGCUGCAAAGCAAAGCCGUGUCGUUCACCGAAAAGGCAACAAAGCUGGAGGAGUCUCUGAAGAAAGAGCAGGGCACCGUCCUCCAGCUGCAGGAGGAGGCCGACAAGCUCAGGAAACAGCAAGAGGAAGCCAACAAAGCCAGGGAGCAGGCAGAGAAAGAGCUCGAAACAUGGAGACAGAAAGCCAACGAGGCCCUUCGCCUGAGGCUGCAGGCCGAGGAGGAGGCCCAGAAGAAGAGCCAGGCUCAGGAGGACGCCGAGAGGCAGAAGGUUGACGCAGAGCGAGAUGCCAAGAAGAGAGCUAAAGCCGAAGAGGCUGCGCUCAAGCAGAAGGAGAACGCAGAGAUAGAGCUGGAGAAACAGAGGAAGUUUGCCGAGCAAGUCGCUCAGCAAAAACUGUCCGCAGAGCAAGAGUGCAUCCGCUUAAAGGCCGACUUCGAACACGCCGAGCAGCAGAGAGGCCUGCUGGACAACGAGCUGCAGCGACUGAAAAACGAGGUGAACGCCGCCGAGAAGCAGAGAAAACAACUGGAGGACGAGCUGGCCAAAGUCCGAGGUGAGAUGGACGCUCUUCUGAAGAUGAAGAUUGAAGCUGAGAAGCAGACGCUGUCCAACACAGAGAAGAGCAAACAGCUGCUCGAGUCUGAAGCGCUGAAGAUGAAGCAGCUCGCCGAGGAGGCCGCCAGGAUGAGGUCGGUGGCCGAAGAGGCCAAGAAGCAGCGGCAGAUGGCGGAGGACGAGGCGGCACAGCAGAGGGCCGAGGCGGAAAAAAUCCUCAAGGAAAAACUGGCUGCCAUCAACGAGGCGACUCGGCUGAAGACUGAAGCGGAGAUCGCCCUGAAGGCCAAGGAGGCAGAGAAUGAACGGCUGAAGAGGAAAGCUGAGGAUGAAGCUUAUCAGAGGAAGCUGCUGGAGGACCAGGCUGCUCAGCAUAAACAGCAGAUCCAGGAGAAAAUCACUCACCUGAAGAGCUCAUCGGACACUGAGCUCGUGAGACAAAAAACCAUCGUGGAGGAAACCCUGAAGCAGAAGAAGGUGGUCGAGGAGGAGAUUCACCUCAUCAGGAUCAACUUCGAGAAAGCGUCGAAGGAGAAGUCGGAUCUGGAGGGAGAGCUGAAGAAGCUGAAGGGCAUCGCAGACGAGACGCAGAAGAGCAAACUCAAAGCCGAAGCAGAGGCGGAGAAGCUGAAAAAGCUCGCCGCCGAGGAGGAGAAGAAGAGGAAAGAGGCUGAGGAGAAGGUGAAGAGGAUCACUGCAGCGGAGGAAGAGGCGGCUCGACAGUGCAAAGCCGCUCAGGAGGAAGUCGACCGCCUCAAGAAGAAAGCAGCUGAAGCCAACAAACAGAAAGACCAGGCCGAGAAGGAGGCGGAGAAGCAGGUGGUUCUGGCCAAAGAGGCGGCGCAGAAAUGCAGCGCCGCAGAGCAGAAAGCUCAGGAUGUUCUCAGCAAGAACAAAGAAGACGUUCUCGCUCAGGACAAGCUGAAAGAAGAAUUUAAGAACGCCAAGAAGCUCGCCGAAGCUGCCGAGAAAGCCAAAGUGAAAGCAGAGAAAGAAGCCGCCGUGCUGCGUCAGAAAGCCGAGGAGGCCGAGAAGCAGAAAAAAGCUGCAGAGGACGAAGCCGCCAAACAGGCCAAAGCUCAGAAAGACGCAGAGAGACUGAAGAAAGAAGCAGAAGAGGAGGCGUCGAAGCGAGCGGCGGCCGAAGCAGCAGCUCUGAAGCAGAAGAAGCAGGCCGACGCAGAGAUGGCCAAGCACAAGAAGGAGGCCGAACAAGCGCUGAAGCAGAAAUCUCAGGUGGAGAAAGAACUCACGGUGGUGAAACUGCAGCUGGAUGAAACGGACAAGCAGAAAGCAGUGCUGGACGAGGAGCUGCAGCGAGUUAAAGGUCAGGUCAACGACGCCGUCAAACAGAAGGCGCAGGUGGAGGACGAGCUGGCCAAAGUGAAGCUCCAGAUGGACGAGCUCCUGAAACUGAAGCAGAAGAUCGAGGAAGAGAACCGGCGCCUCAUGAAAAAGGACAAAGACAAGACGCAGAAGUUGCUGGCGGAGGAAGCGGAGAAGAUGAAAAGCCUGGCGGAGGACGCCGCCAGACUCAGUGUGCAGGCCGAAGAAACCGCCAGACAGAGGCAGAUCGCCGAGGCGGACCUGGCUGAGCAGAGGGCGCUCGCUGAGAAGAUGCUGAAGGAGAAAAUGCAGGCCAUCCAAGAGGCCACGAAACUGAAAGCUCAGGCAGAAGAGCUGCAGAAACAGAAGGACCAGGCACAGGAAAAGGCUAAAAAACUGCUGGAAGACAAGCAGCAGAUCCAGCAGCGCCUCGACAAGGAGACGGAGGGCUUCCAGAAGUCUCUGGAGGCGGAACGCAAGAGGCAGCUGGAGGUUUCAGCCGAAGCAGAGAAACUGAAGCUGAGAGUGAAAGAGCUCAGCGACGCCCAGGCCAAGGCCGAAGAGGAGGCCAAGAAAUUCAAGAAACAAGCCGAUGAAGCCAAAGAUCGUCUCCAGUCGACGGAGAAACAAACGACGGAGAUCGUCGUGCAGAAGUUGGAGACGCAGAGGCUGCAGAGCACGAAGGAGGCCGACGACCUGAAGAAAGCCAUAACCGACCUAGAAAAGGAGAGAGAGAAACUGAAAAAGGAGGCGGAGGAGCUUCAGAAAAAGUCUAAAGAGAUGGCAAAUGCCCAACAGGAACAAAUUGAGCAACAGAAGGCCAAACUUCAGCAGUCUUUCCUCACAGAGAAGGACCUACUGCUGAAAAGAGAAAAGGCCGUCGAAGAUGAGAAGAAGAAGCUCGAGAAGCAGUUUGAGGAUGAAGUGAAUAAGGCCAAAGCGCUCAAAGAUGAGCAGGAACGUCAGCGGAAGCUGAUGGAGGAGGAGAAGAAGAAACUUCAGGCAAUUAUGGAUGACGCUGUAAAGAAACAAAAGGAGGCCGAAGCGGAGAUGAAGAACAAGCAGAAAGAAAUGGAAGUGCUCGAAAAGAAAAGGCUUGACCAAGAGAAGGUCCUGGGAGACGAGAACAAAAAGCUCAGAGAGAAACUUCAGAACCUCGAGGUGGCUUCCAAACAGGGUGCAUCCAAGACGAAAGAAAUUGAAGUUCAGACCGAUAAGGUACCUGAGGAGCAGCUGGUUGCCAUGACGAUGGUGGGAACGACAAGGAAAGUUUUCAAUGGCUCUGUUGAAGUGGACGGAGUGAAGAAAGAAGGAGAAUCACCGUUAGCCUUCGAUGGAAUAAGAGAGAAAGUUCCAGCUGAGAGGCUUCUCGACAUCGGUGUCCUGAACAAGAAGGAUUUCGACAAACUGAAAAAAGGCAAAGUGUCCGUGCAAGACCUCGGAAAGACAGAGAAAAUCAAAUCAUGCCUUAAAGGACAGAGCUGUGUCGGAGGUGUCUUGACUCCAUCCAAAGAGAAAAUGAGCGUCUACAAGGCCAUGGCAGAGAACAAGAUCUCUCCCAACACUGCCACGAUGCUCCUGGAAGCUCAGGCAGCUUCUGGCUACAUCGUUGAUCCAGUGAAAAAUAAACUACUGUCCGUGGAUGAGGCCGUUAAGGAGGAAUUGAUUGGUCCUGAACUUCAUGACAAGAUGCUUUCUGCAGAGCGAGCAGCCACUGGUUUUAAAGAUCCCUACACUGGUGACCGAAUCUCUCUUUUCGAAGCCAUGAAGAAGGGACUUAUUGAGAAGGAGCAGGCCACCAAAUUCCUUGAUGUACAGCUUGCAACUGGUGGCAUCGUUGAUCCCAUCAACAGCCACAGAGUUCCACUGCAGACAGCCUACAAACAAGGUCAGUUUGACGCAGACAUGAACAAGAAACUCACCGAUCCCAGCGAUGAUUGCAAGUUAUUCAUUGAUCCCAGCACUCAGGAGCAACUGACCUACAAACAGCUGCUGGAAAAAUGCACUAAAGAUGCAGAGACCGGCCUGCUGAUACUACCAGUGACGGACAAAGCUGCUCAAACUGAGAGAACUUACACAGAUUUGGAGACGAAAGAUGUGUUCAGCAAAUCAAACGUCGACGUGCCUUUUGGAAAGUUCAAAGGAAAAACCGUCACCAUUUGGGAAGUCAUAAAUUCUGAGUAUUUCACUGAAGAGCAAAGAAGAGAGUUGAUUCGCCAGUACAAGACUGGCAAGAUCACAGUGGAAAAGAUCAUCAAAAUUGUCAUCACUGUUGUGGAAGACAAGGAGAAGAACAAUGGAAAUUUGUUCAAUGGUUUGAGGGCUCCGGUGUCUGCCAAUGAGCUGCUGGAGUCCAAGAUUAUAAACAAGGACUUGUUCAACAAGUUGAGUAAUGGAAAGAUAACGGUCAAAGAGGUCUCUGAGAUGGAUCCUGUGAAGAAGGCGCUGCAAGGAACACCAAGCAUUGCUGGACUGCUGAAUGAACCAACCAAAGAGAAAAUGCCUUUCUACCAAGCGAUGAAAAAAGAGUUACUCUCACCAGAGACAGCCAUGACUCUUCUUGAAGCUCAAGCAGCCACAGGGUUUGUAAUCGAUCCUGUUAAAAACGAGAGGGUCCCUGUGGAUGAAGCUGUUAAGUCGGGUCUUGUUGGCCCAGAGCUGCAUGAACGACUUCUGUCAGCAGAGAGAGCUGUCAGCGGCUAUAAAGAUCCAUAUACAGGGAAAACGGUUUCUCUGUUUGAAGCCAUGAACAAAGGCCUCAUAAAGAAAGACCAUGGCAUCCGUCUGCUCGAAGCACAACUUUCAACAGGUGGAAUCGUUGACCCCAUGAAAAGCUACCGUGUCCCACAUGAGGUUGCCUGCAAACGUGGCUAUUUUAACGAGGAAAUGAGCAAGACCUUGAACCAAAACACAGACGAAACAAAGGUGUUUUACGAUCCCAACUCACAGGAGGAUGCAACAUAUGCACAGCUCAUGAAUAAAUGUAUCACAGACAAAGAAACUGGGCUCCCAUUACUCUCCCUCUCAAAGAAAGCCCCAAAGCCAAAAGAAGAAAAACAGAUUACAGAGGCUAAAACGAAAGAGGCCUUGAACCAAACAACCAUGGAGCUGGAGCAUGGACCUUUCAAAGGAAGAAAGGUCACAAUCUGGGAGAUCAUACACUCUGAGUACAUCACUGAGGAACAAAGAAUAGAACUGAUUCGCCAGUACCGAAUGGGACAGGUAACCAUCGAAAGGCUCAUCAAGAUUGUGAUAACAAUGGUUGAUGAAAAAGGGGACAAAACAAAAGAAGAAGCCUGCUUUGAAGGCCUUAGGGCACCAGUCACUGCCAGCUCAUUAUUAGAUUCCAACAUCAUCAAUAAGGCAACAUUCGAUCAACUCCAGCAAGGUAAAAAGACACCUAAAGAAGUCAGUGAAACCGAUAAAGUCAAGAAGUACCUGCAGGGCGCAGACCGCAUUGAUGGCAUCACCAUGGCAGAUUCAAAUGAAAAGUUAAGCAUCUAUCAAGCAAUGAAAAAGAAUGUUAUACAACAAAACACUGGACUGGGUCUACUUGAAGCCCAAGCUGGAACUGGUUUCAUUACUGAUCCUGUCAAAAACUUGAAAUACUCUGUGGACGAUGCGGUGAAGGCUGGAGUUGUUGGUCCAGAGCUUCAUGAGAAACUCCUAUCUGCUGAAAAAGCAGUGACGGGAUACAAAGAUCCAUAUACAGGCAAUAAGAUUUCUCUCCUCCAAGCCAUGAAGAAAGAACUAGUGUUGAGGGAGCAUGCGAUUCCUCUUCUGGAGGCUCAGUUCAGUACAGGAGGGAUAAUUGAUCCGGUCAGCAGCCAUCGUGUUCCCAACGAUGUGGCUAUUCAGCGUGGCUAUCUCAGCAAACAAAUGUCUAAGUCCUUCAAUGAACCUUCAGGCGAUGUUAAAGGCUUCACCGAUCCCAACACCCAUGAAAGUGUAACUUACAAGCAGCUGCUGGAGAAAUGCAUUAGAGAUCCCAACACUGGCCUAUGCUACCUGCCUCUGUCGAAGGUUGAAUCUCCUGCUCCUGUCGAGAAAUCCUAUCAGUACACGGAGGAGCAAGCCCAAACAGAUCUGGCUAAUACUCAAGUUGAGAUCCCUCACAAGAGCUUUGCAGGAAAGAGUUUGACCAUUUGGGAAGUCAUGAACUCAAAUAUGCUCCCAGAAGAGGAGAGACGCCGCCUCCUGGAGCAGUACCGUCUGGGACAAAUCACAAAGGACAGAAUGCUCGUCAUCAUCAUUGAAAUCAUUGAGCAACGGGAGACUCUAAAGUCCGAGCAGGGCAUGUCAUGUGACGUCAUCAGGAGAAGAGUAACUAUUGAGGAGCUGUACAGUGCUCGAAUCAUCGACUUGCACACUUACAACCUCCUGAAACAAGAGAAGAUGACAAUUCGCGAGGUGAUGGAGAUGCCAUCAGUGAAGCAAUACCUCUUCGGCACUGGCUGCAUUGCUGGAAUUAUGUCAGACAGUCCUCCGAAGAUCAGCAUUUACCAGGCAAUGAAGAGCGGAAAGAUUACGCCGGAAAUCGCUUUGAAUCUUCUCGAGGCCCAAGCUGCAACAGGAUUCAUGAUUGAUCCGGUAAAAGACGAACUCCUUACAGUUGAUGAAGCUGUGCGCAAGGGGCUGGUCGGCCCUGAGCUUCACGACAAGCUUCUCUCUGCCGAGAGAGCAGUUACAGGUUACAAGGAUCCGUACAGUGGAAAAGUCAUUUCUCUCUUCCAGGCAAUGAAAAAAGACCUGAUCCCAGAAGAUUAUGCCUUGAGGCUUUUGGAGUCCCAGAAUGCCACUGGAGGGCUGAUGGAUCCUGAAUACUACUUCCACCUCCCCAUUGAUGUUGCCAUGCAGCGUGGAUACAUCAACAAGGAGACACUUGACAGAAUAUCUGAACCUACUGCUGAUGUGCGAGGUUACACUGAUCCAACAACGGAUGAGAAACAGUCCUAUGCCCAGCUACUGAAGAGAUGCAGAGUUGACAAAGAAAGCGGCUUGCGGCUGCUGUCGCUGGCAGACAGAAGGCUUCUCUUUAAGGGUCUCAGAAAGCAAAUCACUGUGGAUGAGCUGCUCCGCUCGCAGAUUAUUGACCAGAAGACUUACAACGAACUCACUGAGGGUGUUAUUUCGGUGGAAGAAGUCAGCAGGGAGCUGAAGAAAUACCUGGAGGGCACCAGCUGCAUUGCUGGUGUGUAUGUAGAAUCCAGCAAAGACCGCCUAUCUAUUUACCAAGCAAUGAAGAAGAACAUGAUCAGACCAGGAACCGCCUUCGAGCUCCUCGAGGCUCAAGCCGCCACAGGUUAUGUGAUUGACCCUAUUAAGAACCUGAAACUAAAUGUCGCUGAAGCUGUAAAAAUGAAUGUUGUUGGCCCAGAGUUUAAAGACAAACUCCUCUCAGCUGAAAGAGCAGUCACAGGCUACAAGGACCCUUACUCUGGCAAGGUUAUCUCUCUUUUCCAGGCCAUGAAAAAGGGGCUCAUUCUGAAAGACCAUGGCAUCCGCCUGUUGGAGGCUCAGAUUGCUACAGGUGGAAUAAUUGAUCCUCAGGAGAGUCACCGUUUGCCAGUUGAAACAGCGUACGAACGCGGCCUCUUUGAUCAGGAAAUGAACGAGAUCCUCACUGACCCGUCUGAUGACACUAAGGGCUUCUUUGACCCCAACACUGAGGAAAACCUCACCUACCUGCAGCUGAUGGAGAGAUGUAUGAAGGACCCAGAGACCGGCCUCGCUCUGCUGCUGUUGAAAGAAAAGAAGCGCGAGAGGAAGACAUCGUCCAAGUCUUCUGUUCGCAAACGAAGGGUCGUUAUCGUUGAUCCAGAGUCCGGCAAGGAGAUGUCGGUGUAUGAGGCGUAUCAGAAAGGACUCAUUGACCACCAGACUUACCUAGAGCUUGCAGAGCAGGAGUGUGAAUGGGAGGAGAUUACCAUCACCUCAUCUGACGGAGUUGUGAAGUCCAUGAUCAUCGACAGGAGGUCUGGUCGGCAGUAUGAUAUCGAUGACGCCAUCUCAAGAGGCCUGAUCGAUAAGUCAGCUCUGGAUCAGUACCGAGCAGGAACACUGUCCAUCACAGAGUUUGCAGACAUGCUCUCUGGAAACAUGAGCGGUGUCAGAUCCCGGUCUUCCUCCUUUGGCUCCUCUUCCUCCUACCCAAUGAGCCCAGUACCUUCUAUCAAAACACCAGCAACCGUAUGGAACGACCCCACAGAGGAAACUGGCCCCGUGGCUGGAAUCUUAGACACUGACACUCUGGAGAAGGUGUCCGUCACAGAGGCCAUUCACAGAAACCUGGUGGACAAUAUAACAGGCCAAAGGCUUCUGGAAGCUCAGGCCUGCACAGGAGGCAUCAUCGACCCAAACACUGGUGAGAAAUUCACUGUUACAGACGCAAUGAAUAAAGGGCUCGUAGAUAAAAUCAUGGUGGAUCGCAUCACUUUGGCCCAGAAGGCGUACAAUGGAUUUGAAGAUCCCAGGACCAAAACCAAAAUGUCCGCAGCCCAAGCUCUAAAGAAAGGCUGGUUGUACUAUGAGGCCGGACAGCGAUUCCUGGAGGUCCAGUAUCUCACUGGUGGUCUAAUUGAACCAGACGCUACCAACAGAGUCUCUAUAGAUGAGGCCGUGAAGAAGGGUUCCUUAGAUGCUCGCACUGCACAGAAGCUACGAGAUGUUAGUGCUUAUUCAAAAUACCUCACGUGCCCGAAAACCAAGCUUAAGAUUUCCUACAAGGAUGCUAUGGACAGAAGCAUGACAGAGGAGGGGACAGGCCUGAGGCUGCUGGAAGCAUCAUCUCAGUCAAGCAAAGGCCUUUACAGUCCCUACAGCAUCAGCGGGUCAGGCUCCGCCACUGGGUCCCGGUCUGGCUCAAGAACUGGUUCCAGGUCCGGCUCCAGAAGAGGCAGCUUUGACGCCACAGGAUCGAGUUUCACAACAACCUUCUCUUCCACUUCGUACGGUUCACCGAGCUACGGCCGCCGAUACUGAAUGCGAAGUUAAAGGAAUCGUCUAAGGGAAGGAUACGCUAAAAAAAACCACAAAGCUCACCAGAUGCCUAAAUCUAAGUGGAAUAAAGACUACCUUUAUUCUGCUCUGCAUGGGGUUGUUACAAGACUUUUAGUAUUUAAUUUUCUACAAGUUGAAUCAUUUUGUUUAUUGUAUAUUUUACAUUUACUUUUAGUUAUGCUAUCUCAGCAGACUCUCUGAGUGUGUACUGUAAGCAGUUAGCAACAGCUGUUUAUUCAUACUAUAUCACAAGCGUUUCAAGUGUACAUGAUAUUUUUUUGAUUGUUAGAGCUGGACAUCAUUUACUGUUCCACAAACAUGAUUUUAUCUUCUUUCAAUACUGUUUGACACUAUAACCAAAAGUGUCUAUGACCCAUAGUCUGUUAAAGAGAACCAAAUUGGAUGUACAAACUAAAAAUUCUGUACAUGUGUAUAUUUUUGAAUAUUGAGAAAAAAAUUUAUCUGAAAAAGGAUAGAAAGCCACUCUGCAGAGCAGAAUAUGGAGUCUCCCGACGAUGAAUAACACUAGAAGAGUCUGCUUUAAGAAUGCCAAGCUUCAAGAUCUUUUCUCUCCUGGGCUACACUGCCGCAAAUACCAAUAUCUGAACUCCACUCCAUUCCCAAUGUCCUGUCCAAAAAACUGGACUUGGAGCAACAGGCUAACGUUGUGAAACGAACAUCAAAGACGGAGAAUGAGAGGAUAAUAUCACUCAAUAUGACCAUUAACAUCAUCUGACACUUCUGGACUUUACACAUCCAACUUCAAGACCAACACAUACAAGCCCCGGCCUUUUUGGACACUUUAAAAGAAAUCGCCUCCAUCUCGUCUCCAGCUCUUCGCUCAGAUGUCUUCCAGAGACCGUUGGCAUUAAUUUGGGCUCUGACCAUCACUGUAUUCGAGGAUUUUAUGCAAUGCGCUCGUUCACACGUCGUUUUAUCAGAUUCUUUUAACAGUGGACCAUUUUGAAACUCAUAUAAAGGCCUAAACCGUGCUUUGUAAGUGCCUGCAAAAUACUGUUGAACACUUUACUGGGAGUAUUGUGAGAUGGUGCAGUGAAAACGCUGUAAACUGACUGAUGCAUGACUGAAAAAGCAUUUCUCCCCUUAAUGUAAUAAUUACUGUGUUAUCAGGUAAGCCUUUUUACUGUCCAGUACAGUAUGUCACAGUGUAACGUCACAAAUCUGGUUGUCACACAGGGCUACAAUAUAAGGUUUUGAAUGUUUAAUGGCUAAGAUUUACAUUAUUCUGCUGUUUUUUGUUUCUCUUCACAGACAUGUAAUGUAUGUACUGUAUAUUCAUAACUCUAUAGAGUGCUACUGCUAAAAGCCAUGAAUUAACGUUUCUUUGAGAAAGAUCUUUAAGCUUCGCACCAGACCCAGUAUUUGUAUUUUACACUACAUAUACUUGUUUUGAUUUUUCUUUGUAAAGCGACACAUUUGAUCUAUAUCGUUUUAUUUUCGUACUCUAUACUUCUGCUUUGCAUGAUUUUACUAACAUUUAAAAAGGUGCAAAAAUGAAAUAGUUGUAUCCAUUAGAGCUUUUUUUUUUGUUUUGUUUUGUUUGUUUGUUUAUGUUUCAAAAGGUUUGAAGGAUGUAUUUUAGUGAGGGUCAUCAAGCCUUGUUUCAAACGGUGUAUUUAUAAUAAAACGGUGACAAGGAAUUUUAUUGGAACACCUUACACUAUGUAAAUAAACAUGGAAAUGAAAGGUU